GAGAGAAGAAGUCAGUCUACACUCUACAGCUAAAGGCCGCAAAACCUCACUUCCUGAACCACUGAAAAAUACUAAGAAGAAUUAAAAUGGCGACAGUUUCAAUGGCUUCUUCUCUUCCAACUAACUUAACUUCCUUCAAAUCUCGUCGAUCCAAUCGAUCUAGUUCUGGUGUUGCAUUUGCAAGUUUAAGUCAAGACACAGUUAAAAUUACUGAAGGCGCAGGGAAUUUACCAAAAGUUGUUCUUACUUCAACUCAUGGUAGUGAGGCAGAAAUAUAUUUAUUCGGAGGUUGCGUGACGUCGUGGAAAGUUCCAAGCGGAAAAGACCUUCUUUUUGUUCGACCAGAUGCAGUGUUUAAUGGCAAGAAGCCCAUCAGCGGAGGUAUCCCACAUUGCUUCCCUCAAUUUGGACCUGGAGCAAUUCAGCAACACGGAUUUGCAAGGAACAUGAAUUGGUCAGUUCUUGACUCUGAGACUAUAGAAGGGAAUCCUGUGGUAACUUUAGAGUUAAAGGAUGAUGCUUAUAGUCGUUCCAUGUGGGACUUCAGCUUCCAAGCAUUAUACAAGGUCAUAUUGAAUUCAAAGAGUCUUUCAACAGUAUUGACAGUGACUAAUACAGAUACUAAGGCUUUCUCCUUCAAUACCACAUUGCAUACUUAUUUUAGUGCUUCUGUUACAGGAGCCUCAGUGAAAGGUCUCCUAGGUUGUAAAACGCUGAACAAGGAUCCAGACCCUAAAAAUCCAUUGGAGGGCAAAGAAGAGAGGGAGGUGGUCUCAUUUCCUGGAUUUGUUGACUGUGUCUACCUGAAUGCCUCCAAUGAGUUACAACUUGACAACGGGCUAGGUGAUGUGAUAUCCAUCAAGAAUGCUAACUGGACAGAUGCUGUUCUUUGGAACCCGCAUUUGACGAUGGAAGCCUGCUACAAAGAUUUUGUCUGCGUCGAGAAUGCAAAGAUUGGAGACGUCCAGCUGCAGCCUGACCAAUCAUGGGUCGCGGAGCAGCACCUUAGCAUUGCCUGAAAAGGAGAUGUCAUUCGACUUGCUUUUUAAAUCUUCCUUCUCUUUUUACAACUUCUUUAGCUAUCACUCUCUUGCUGCACAGAGGUUGGGAGCAGGUUUUUGGUUUGGAAUAAUGUUGUUAUGUUUAUCCUUGUGCAUGUACAUUUGAAUAAAUUCUAAAUGUGAUGUCAAUGAAGUCUUUUAAAUGGAUCCAAAAGUGCAAGCAGUAGCAACCCUUUGUUAA